UAUAUAGCAUAAUACUAUAACCUCCUGUGUUCAGUUCGUCGUUGGUGUCAUAUAACAAAACACAUAAAAAUAACAAGAAAAGCUUCUUCGACCUCUUCUUCUAUCAUCAUAUGCAGCUUGUUGAUGAUUUGGAUUGUCAUGGUUUCACCUGUACUCUCUGUCGGCUCAAGUGGAAAACCUCUCAAGCCUGGGGCGUCCUGUUCUCGUUCUAAGUAUGGUAGUUGCAUAAUCCCAGUCAAACCUAAACCCUGUUCUCCGUAUAAUAGAUGCCGAGAUAGGCCUUCAGCUCCAGUUAAGCCUACGCCUCCGGCCCCUGUUGCACCUCCAGCUCCAGUUAAGCCUACGCCACCGCCCCCUGUUGCACCUCCAGCUCCAGUUACACCUACGCCUCCGGCCCCUGUUGCACCUCAGCCUCACCGAAGGUGUGGAGCGCUUCAUCAUUGCAGACCUCCAAUCGCUGGUAAACCAUAAAACUGAAACAAGCGAAGCAGCUGCCAAUUAAGCAUGUUUGUGGAGGGAAUAUUAGUGGUUUGUCAUCUAUUAUAUAUUGAGAUGUGGGAGUGUGUAUUAAUAGUAUUAUGCAUGGUUUGGGGUGGGAAUAUUAGUGGCUUGUGAUCUAUUAUUGAAAUUUGAGUGUGUAUUAUGCAUGGUUUGGUUUUAUACAUUUAGCCAAACUAAUAAUAAUGUGUCCAAUGUAUGUGACUAUGUUUUUCAACUCAAUUUGGAUUUUCCUUUUA